UUCUGACCUACUGGUGGUGGGUCUUGACUUUUUUAACUUCGUUUUGCUUUCAUCUCUCGAGCAGUCAGUUGCAGGCUUAUACCAGAAAGUGCUCGUUGGCUGGUAACGCAAAGAAGAUAUGAGGAAGUUGACAAAGUUUUACGACAUGCUGCCGAAGUCAAUGGAGUUACGCUACCUGAGAAAUGGUGGAAACAGUUGGACUCCGAGUCUUCUGGAAGGGAAGAAAAGGAAGUGAAGAAAUACAAAGCAUGGGACUUAUUGAAAACGCCGGUAUUAAGGCGAAGGACUCUGAUCGCAUUCUUUUUGUGGCCAUGUGUUUCUAUGGUCUAUUAUGGUAUGGCUUUGAAACCCAAUGUGCUGGGAGGUGAUAUGUAUAUAAACUUCAUAUUUGCUGCAUUAGUAGAAAUUCCAGCAAUUAUAGUAAUCUUCUUGGUGCUUGACCGGUGA